ACCGCCGGGUAGCUUCCCUUGGCGCAGGAGGAGAUCCCUGAAGUGAAGACGAAGCAAGGUUAGCGUCUGCCUCUUCUUCCAUCAGGACCACACGUUUAACAACACACUAAUAGGCGUUUUUAGUCAUAGUAGCACAUUUUUUUUGUCAGCGUCCAUCUUUCUCGUUGGGUCGGAACCAGCACACUACCAGCAUGUCUGUAGCGGGCCUCAAGAAGCAAUUCCACAAAGCCACUCAGAAAGUGAGCGAAAAAGUCGGAGGAGCCGAGGGGACGAAGCUCGAUGAGGACUUCACUGAAAUGGAAAAGAAGGUGGACACCACCACACGGGCAGUGAUGGACAUCAUGACCAAGACUACGGAGUAUCUGCAGCCUAAUCCAGCCACCAGAGCCAAGAUGAGCAUGAUGAACUCCAUGUCUCGCAUCCGGGGUCAGGAGAAGGGGCCGGGCUACACCCAGACAGAGGCCAUCCUGGGAGAGUCCAUGCAGCGCUUCGGCCGGGAACUCGGCGAGGAGUCUAAUUUCGGCCUGGCUCUCAUCGACGCCGGGGAAUCCAUGCGUGAGCUGGCAGAGGUUAAAGACGCUCUGGACAUGGAGGUGAAACAGAACUUCAUCGACCCGCUGCAGAACCUCCACGAAAAAGACCUCAAGGAGAUCCAGCAUCACCUGAAGAAGAUGGAGGGCAGGCGUCUGGACUUUGACUACAAGAAGAAGCGUCAGGGCAAAGUGACGGACGACGAGAUCAAGCAAGCCUUGGAGAAAUUUGACGAGUCCAAGGACAUCGCCGAGCUCAGCAUGUUCAACCUGCUGGAGAGCGAUAUCGAGCAGGUGAGCCAGCUGGCGGCGCUGGUCCACGCUCAGGUGGAGUAUCACACCCGGGCCGCCGAGAUCCUCACGCAGCUGUGCAGCAAGAUCGACGAACGGAUAAAGGAUUGUUCCAACAAGCCCAGGAAAGAGUACAUUCCCAAGCCUCGCACGCACCUGGACUUCUCCAUCAGUGAGAACCACAAUGGAGGCAUUCACAGCGCUCGCUCUCCAGGGGCGAGGUCACCAGCGAGGUCUCCAGCAAGAUCUCCAGCAGCCAGAUCACCAGCCCCCAUGGACCAGCCAUCCUGCCGUGCGCUCUAUGACUUCGACCCGGAGAACGAGGGCGAGCUCGGCUUCAAGGAGGGCGACAUCAUCACCUUGACCAACAAGAUUGAUGAAAACUGGUACGAGGGGAUGCUGCACGGCAAUUCGGGCUUCUUCCCCAUCAACUACGUGGACAUCCUGGUGCCGCUGCCGCACUAGAGCGCCACCUAGCGAUGAUACUGACGACGUAAAAAAUCAAAUCAAAUCAAACUCCUGGUUCUCCCGUUAUACCCUCCCAAUUAAACCUAACGACUACUCGGCUCCGAACUGCGGAAUGCAAUAGUAAGCCAGUGUCGAAUCAUUUCAAUAAUAAACGAUGGAAUUUCAGCGUAGAUGUGGUAGCCACGCCCCCCUCCUUCCAUCAUUUUCACUCCGUUUUUUCGUUACAUUUCAGCAUUGCGCAUUGUACUUUGUGAACGUCACCGCAGUAGCUAGAACUUAUCUCUCUCAUUCUAGAAAAAGAACAUAAUGUGUGUAAUGUUUGUUAGCAAAGCAUGAUCAAAGCAAGUUGUUUUUUUAGCUUCUAACGAUACGUCAUGACAUCAUUCGUCACGUCUUUGGACGACGCUGGUUUUGUGUAAGAAAGGGGUUCAGAAACCAAAGUGAGCACACAAAAAGUGACAAGGAGAGGUUUACGGUCUUCUUUUUAGUGUUUUUAUUUGUCAGGCGAGGCAAGGGGGGGGGGGAGUCUGAAAUGUAUUUGUGAGUGUGUGACAUUCCGCGUCUGAGACAGUGAUUAGUGAAGUGAUGAUACGUAACAUCAACAACUACGGUGUGUUUGCGCCGUACGACUUUCUUUCCCCUCCCCCCGUUUUUAAAACUCAACAAGUUGUGUGCAAAAUGGUGGCUGUGUUGUGAUAUUAUCUAACAUGUACAGCUUUGCUUUUCAUUUUUAUUCCUCUGUCUGCAGCACAACUUGUUUGUUUUGGCUGCAUCCUCACUUGUCCGAUAGCUAUUGUCAUAGUUUAGCCGGUCGGAAAACCAGCUAACAAUCGCUGGCCAGAGUGAGACAUCUUUUUUUUUUUUUUUUUUUUUGGUCUCGACUGAGAUUGCAACCAUUCAACGUCCAUUCAUCAUUGUAGCUACUGUAAAAAACCUAACAAGUAAGUCAAAUAUUCCCUUCUUGUAGGACUGUUGUGGUUUGGUUUAGAGAAUUGUGAGUAUUUGGUCGUCAUGGUUACGAUUAAACGACUAGCAGUGCCGUAAUUUGUAUGGAAAACCUAAAAACUGGCUGUGUCGUAUCUUCACUGGCGCUGCGUAUUGAUGUGUCAAACAGACGUUAGAGUUAAGCCCAGAAUUAGUCAUCUGGCCAAGUUUAGCGUAAAAUGAGUAUUUGUGUAAGAUGCCAUCUUAUGGAGUAAAUAAAUACAUCAGGAGAUUGAACUGUUUAACUGUUUUAACGCUAACUACAGACCCGAGUGCUUACUUGCUUUUGUACACGAAGUACCCGGCGACUACACUCAGAAUUGACUGUUGCUUAAAAUUCGGCCAGGGUAUGAAUAAUUUUAGGCUUGAACUGUAAUGUAGACUUUCUUAUUAUUUUUUGUCGGGAUUGUAAAACGCCGCAGACAGGAACUGAACAACAUAGUCGCCUGCUACGCAUAUUUACGAUCCGCACGCUGCGACUCGCUCCUCUGAACGAACUCUUGACCUGUCGCAUUCUUAUUCUCGUGUCGAUGGGCUCGUGGUCUUGAGACAGCUAACAUUUGGCGAGACACGGUGUUUUUAAGUUUACGUAAUAAAUGUAUUCUAACUGUUUCAGCAGACAAAGACGAGCUCAAACAGUAGACAUGAAACACGGAAGGGACCAAUCAGAAGCGUAGCGCUAGCUUGACAGGCAGAGUCAAGCACAUUGUUGUCCUGUUCCGAUAAAACGUCCGCUAUGUCAACAUCCUAGCUAAUCUCUUCUUCCGGGGGCGGUGGGGGGUUGCCAUUGUUUAGCUAGCUUCUCGCUUAUGUCACAUCUAAGCCACGCCCCUCAAAGGAUUUGCUGAUUGCUCCGCCAGUCUUUCAGAGCAUUGACGUACAAAAUGGACGUGUGUGUGUGUUAAUUGAACGCAUCCUUUCUUUUAAAGGGGAAGCACAACUGUCAGUAUACUUUGUUGGCUAAUCAUAAACGUCAUGUUAUUAUUUUUUUUUUUUUUACAAGGAAUUAUUUUCCCUCUUUUUCUCUAUCACUUUUUUAAAAGAAUACAACUGUGUGUAUCUUUGCCCUCAAUGAGGACUGCUGUACAGCUUUUCUGUGUUUGUUUCUGUUCACCCUAUGCGUGUAUGUGUGUUUAGUCACUCAUCUACAGUAAUGUAUCUUAUUUUUGUAAGUGUGACAAAGUAUUGACAUGAUUAUAUACAGAUGUGUAUAUACAGUAUAAAUACACUAUGAUAAUAUAUGGGAAGAAGAAGGAGGAGGAGAGAUUGUCUGUGCUGCACAUGAUUGUUUUCUUUUUCUCUCUCCGUUUUAUUUCAUUGUAUGCUUGAUGUAAAGACAACAACGUGAUAUGUCAUUUAUUCCAAUAAAUACAGACAAAUGCUUAUUGUCA